GGAGCGCGCGGGGGAAGGACGCGGACGCCGUCGAGGAAGUAGGUCCGGGCCGCGGCGCCCAACAAAGAGCGAGCGGGCCCGCCCCCUCAGGCCGAGCCCGGGCGGAGGCUCCAUGUUGGGAAGCGGCGCCGCUCGCCCUCUUUAGCGGGAACCGGGGCGCCGCGGGCUGAGCCGGCGGGGCCCGGGCCGGGAGCGAAGAUGGAGGCCCCGCUGCGGCCUGGCGCGGACAUCCUGAGGCGGAAUCCGCAGCAGGACUACGAGCUCGUCCAGAGGGUCGGCAGUGGCACCUACGGGGACGUCUACAAGGCCAGAAAUGUACAUACAGGAGAGUUAGCUGCAGUAAAAAUUAUCAAGUUGGAGCCUGGAGAUGAUUUUUCUCUGAUUCAACAAGAAAUAUUUAUGGUUAAAGAAUGUAAACACUGCAACAUCGUUGCCUAUUUUGGGAGCUAUCUCAGUCGAGAAAAACUGUGGAUUUGUAUGGAAUAUUGUGGUGGCGGAUCACUUCAAGAUAUAUACCAUGUUACUGGACCAUUAUCAGAAUUGCAAAUAGCCUAUGUAUGCAGAGAAACUUUACAGGGUCUUGCUUAUUUGCAUACUAAAGGCAAAAUGCAUAGAGAUAUCAAAGGUGCAAAUAUUUUAUUGACAGACCAUGGUGAUAUAAAAUUAGCUGAUUUUGGUGUGGCUGCAAAAAUAACAGCUACUAUUGCAAAGAGGAAAUCUUUCAUUGGCACUCCUUAUUGGAUGGCCCCAGAAGUUGCAGCGGUAGAGAAGAAUGGCGGCUACAACCAACUCUGUGAUAUCUGGGCAGUAGGAAUAACAGCAAUUGAACUUGGAGAGCUUCAACCACCUAUGUUUGAUCUUCAUCCAAUGAGGGCUCUCUUCUUAAUGUCAAAAAGUAAUUUUCAGCCUCCAAAAUUAAAGGACAAAACAAAAUGGUCAUCAACAUUCCAUAAUUUUGUCAAAAUAGCACUAACUAAAAACCCAAAAAAAAGACCUACUGCUGAAAGACUUCUGACUCAUACUUUUGUUGGACAGCCAGGUCUCUCUAGGGCCCUAGCAGUUGAACUGUUAGACAAAGUGAACAAUCCUGACAACCAUGCACAUUACAUCGAAGGAGAUGAUGAUGAUUUUGAGCCCCAUGCGGUCAUUCGUCACACCAUCAGAUCAACAAACAGGAAUGCCAGAGCUGAGCGGACAGCUUCCGAAAUAAACUUUGACAAAUUACAAUUUGAACCUCCUCUAAGAAAAGAAACAGAAGCUCGGGAUGAAAUGGGAAUAUCAUCAGAUUCAAACUUUUUAUUACGGUGGAAUCCUUUUGUUGAUGGUGCAAAUACUGGCAAAUCAACCUCAAAACGUGCAGUACCACCUCCCCUACCUCCUAAGCCAAAGAUAAACAGUUACUCUGAAGACAGCUUCCCAGAUGAAGAAAAAUCAUCAACAGUGAAACGUUGCCCUGAUUCAGAUAACAGAGCUCCCCAGAUUCUGAGAAGACAGAGCAGCCCAAGUUGUGGUCUUGUAGCUGAGACUUCCUCUAUGGGUAUGGCUAGCAGUGUCACCAGCCGUGGAGUGCAUACAGCUAGAUACUGUGAUCUGGGAAAUGGCUAUGGUAUCUCCAAACUAAUUAGUGAAAAUACAGAAGGAUCAGCACAAGCACCACAGUUGCCACGAAAAAAGGACAAGCGAGACUUCCCUAAACCAGCCAUCAAUGGCCUUCCACCUACCCCAAAAGUCCUGAUGGGAGCAUGUUUUUCAAAAGUUUUUGAUGGUUGCCCUUUGAAAAUUAAUUGUGCAACUUCUUGGAUACAUCCUGAUACAAAAGAUCAGUACAUUAUUUUUGGAACUGAAGAUGGUAUUUACACAUUGAAUCUCAAUGAACUACAUGAGGCAACUAUGGAACAGUUAUUUCCACGGAAGUGUACUUGGCUGUAUGUUAUUAAUAAUACUUUAAUGUCAUUAUCAGAAGGAAAAACCUUUCAACUCUACUCUCAUAAUCUUAUUGCUUUGUUUGAACAAGCCAAAAAACCGGGAUUAGCUGCCCAUAUUCAAACUCAUAGGUUUCCAGACCGCAUACUGCCAAGAAAGUUCGCUUUAACAACAAAGAUUCCUGAUACAAAAGGGUGCCACAAAUGUUGCAUAGUCAGAAACCCUUACACAGGACAUAAAUACCUCUGUGGAGCUUUACAGUCUGGAAUUGUUUUACUUCAGUGGUAUGAGCCAAUGCAGAAAUUCAUGUUGAUAAAGCACUUUGAUUUUCCUUUACCAACUCCUUUGAAUGUUUUUGAAAUGCUGGUGAUACCAGAACAAGAAUACCCUAUGGUCUGUGUAGCUAUUAGUAAAGGCACUGAAUUAAAUCAAGUAGUUCAGUUUGAGACAAUCAAUUUGAAUUCUGCAUCUUCAUGGUUUACAGAAAUUGGUGCAGGCAACCAACAGUUAGAUUCCAUUCAUGUAACACAGUUGGAGAGAGAUACCGUUUUAGUGUGUUUAGACAGAUUUGUAAAAAUUGUAAAUCUACAAGGAAAACUAAAAUCAAGUAAAAAACUGGCCUCUGAGCUAAGUUUUGAUUUUCGCAUCGAAUCUGUAGUAUGCCUUCAAGACAGUGUGCUGGCUUUCUGGAAACAUGGAAUGCAGGGUAAAAGCUUCAAGUCAGAUGAGGUUACCCAGGAGAUUUCAGAUGAAACAAGAGUUUUCCGCUUAUUAGGAUCAGACAGGGUUGUCGUUUUGGAAAGUAGGCCAACAGAAAAUCCUACCGCACACAGCAAUCUCUACAUCUUGGCUGGACAUGAAAAUAGUUACUGAGCAACAGAAACUGAUCUCAAAUGACAGGAAAAUGAAUAUAAAUCUAAUGAAAGCAGAAAUACUUUAAGAAAUUCAAUACAGACUGCACUAUGAUUUGCUUUAACUCUCAUGGGUUAUAUCUCAAAUGAUCUGUACGUUAGGAUAGAAUUCAGUAUUUUCUGUAGCUGGAAACAGCUAGUCUAUCUCUUGCCACUGUGUGGUGGUUAUAUCAAGUUUGCUUAAUAAAAGCUAUGAGAUGAAUAGUCCUGUAGGAAACUCUUUUUUUAAGAAAAUAAUGUUUGUACUAAGGGUGCCAUGAUAUUUUUAGAUAAUUCAUGAGAUAAAUUUAGUGAUCAUUUGAUCAUUUUAUACCAUGUCAUGUUCCUUCUUAAUGAACAUAAUUUGAUAAAGAAAUUUUCAAACAAGCCUUUCUCUUUUACAUUGGCCAUUCUGUAUGUUUUUGUAAAAUAGAAUAUUUAAUCCUUAUUUAUUAAUCUCUUGGUGGAGUGGUGUAAUGUAUCUUAACUUUUAGCAAAGGAAGGUUGCAACGCAGCUUAAAUUUUUUUAUAAUGUAUAAAAAUUUUGUUUACCUUUUCAGAGUAGUACUUUGGGAUUAAAGGCAGUGUGUCAGGGGGAUUCAACACAUGCAAUUUCAUUUAACAGAAGUAUUUUAUAAUACAAUUUCAUGCAGAAUUGCCUUAAAGGGGAGUUUUAUGUUUUCAACUACACAUGGUUGCUAAGGGGUCAUACAGAGAAUAUUGAUGAUGGUUGAAAAAUAUCUUUAGAAGUGGUAUCUAUGUCUAAGUGUGACUACCAUGUGUAUGUAUUUUUGACAGAUAGUAUACUAUUCCUGUGGGGGUUUUUUACAUUAGGGAUAAUGCAUAAGAAAUUAAUCUUCAUAUAUAUUAUUAUCCCUAAUGUAGGGAAGAAGAAUAUUUAACUGCCCGUGUUAUAUAUUUUACUUACACUGUGCCAGAGGGGAAACUGUCAUGCAGUUAUACAUGUAAUCUCGGGGUUUUCAUAUAUGUAGGUAUUCAUUUUGAGUAGGUUUAAGAAAAAAACUUUUAAUGAAAGUGAAUUCCAGUGGCGAUAAUAUAAAUGAGUAUUGUAAAAACCAGUAUUCUAAAAAUAAAGGACAGGGCCAUUUUUUGUGCUUUUUCUUUUGCUAUUAUUAGAUUCAAAAAGUGUUAACAUUGGUACUUGUCUUAAUGCAUUUAUUAAUAACAGCAUUGAGAUGAUACAAAACAGAUUACAGUAGCAAAUAUAAGAUUAUUCUGACCAGUUACUUGAGCAGAAAAGUUUAACCAUCUCAUUCAGUCUUCAGCAGUUCUGUAAAAUAAGUAUUAUUAUCUCCAAUUUUCAGAUGAGGAAAUAAGGGUUCAGCAAGUUUAAGCAACAUAUCUAAUCCAUGCAGCAAGUUAGUGUUUGACCCAGACUGUGAGUCUUCUGACUCUGUUCAUUUCACCAUGAAAUAUGCAAGCAAUAAAAUGUUUCACAAGUAAAACA